AAGCGGUCAGUGUGGAAGAACUUGAGGAUUUCACAAGUCAUAGAGGCAACGAUGCCCCGGCAUGUGAUCCAGGCUCAACCGCAGACGAAGCGCUUCCAGGAGGCGGGGCAAUGGAGCACAGGGCUGUGUGCUUGCCAUCAAGACGUAGGAGACUGUUGCUUUGCCCUGUGCUGCCUACCAUUUUUCACCUGUAAGGUUGCGAGUAGGGCGGGAAUUUGUCCGCUUCUGCCACUACUGGACUGUUUUGGCUGCGUACCCCCAGCUUCCCUCGCAGUGAGGGCCACAGUCAGGGAACGAUAUGGUAUACAGGGGAGCGUGUGGGGUGACUGCCUGCUCGGAUGCUGCUGCUACCUGCUAUCUUGGCUUCAGAUCUCCAGAGAAUUGAAAAGAAGAGCUGCAGCUCACGCCUCUUCUUCUUCACCCUCCUCCUCCUCAAAUGGAUACAUAGCAUUGAAUCCCCUGCAGGGGGCGCACUUGGUCUGAAGUACCGGGUUUGGCCUUCUGGUCGAGAGCAGUUUUGGCCAAACAUGCUGAAAUAUCUCAUCUCAAUUUAAUCAGAGAUUUGUUCAUCUGGGAUUUCUUUUUAAUAGCCACUGAAAUAAUGUUUACAUACCUUGCAAAUAGCGUUGUUUUUGGCAACCCUUUUAAUUUUCGUCUUGGUCUUAGCCUUUUGGACAAAAAUACGUAUUAGUCUUCGUCAAGGGCAUAGGUUUGCAUAGGGACGGUACGGACAUAACACCAGCAACUUUUCAGGAUGCUCAAAUUGUUCUCACCAACUUUUAAGCAAACUUUUAAAUUGUCUUCCAAUAUGUUGUAAGGAUAGAAUUGACCCUAUCAUUAUUAAGUGAACUAUACCAUACCCAGUUAGCAUUUGCCUAAUGCUAACUCGAAUGCUAUGCUAACGCUACAAGUUACAUUUAGUGUGUGAUGAUCUCUCAGCGGAGAUUUUCAAAUCGCAUAUUCUCUCUGGCCAAGAUAAAAAAAAAAAAAAAACACUGGUGAGUCGGUGGGGUUGGGGGGGGCGUAGCACGUCACAUGAGUGACACAACCAGACACUGCUAAAAUGCAAGCUAACUACACAUUAAAUGUCACACGUUGUGAACAAGUGACGGAAACUGUCUCAUUUUCAUCUCGUUUUCGUCAUGUCAGACGUAAACUGGCAUUUGUCUCGUAAAAUGUUUUUAGCUCGUAAUUGUCUCGUCGUCGUCACGAAAAAAAAGUGUUCGUCGACGAAAUAUUUUUGUUAUCGUUGACGAAAACAACACUGAUUGCAAAAGUAUUGGGUAGUGUUGUACCAAUACAAUUGUAACCUGAAAUGUCAUUUAAAAAAUCUAACUA